GCGCGGGGCGGGCGCGGUCCCGCUGUCCCCGCUGUCCCCGCGGGGCCCGGCCGGACAUGGCCCCGCGCGGCCGCCCCGCCGCCGCCGCCGCCAUGCCCCGCAGGGCCGCCCGAAAGCGCCUCAAGUUCCGCGCCGACGACGUGUGCUCCGAGAGAGUGACAGUGGCAGAUUAUGCCAACUCGGACCCGGCUGUGGUGAAGUCUGGACGGGUGAAGAAGGCUGUGGCCAACGCGGUGCAGCAGGAGGUAAAAUCCCUGUGUGGUUUGGAAGCUUCCUGCGUUCCCGCUGAGGAAGUUCUCUCCGUGUCAGGAGAGUCCUGCGACAGCAGCGAUGAGAUGGACACAAAGGAGAGCAUCAACGGGCGGGCUGCCUCGAGGAAAAAGAAGAGCAAAAGGCACAAAGAGAGCGCUGAUGGGGGAGGUGGAGAGGAGUAUCCCAUCGACAUCUGGCUGCUCUUGGCUUCCUACAUUCGCCCGGAGGACAUUGUCAGGUUUUCUCUGAUUUGCAAGAAAGCCUGGACUGUGACUUGCACUGCUGCCUUUUGGACCAGGCUCUACAGAAGCUCUGGUGCUGUGGCCCUGCAGCUGAGGCCGGGUGUGUCCCCGUCCCCUCAGGCACUACAGUCUGGACGCGUACCUGCCGCUGCGCCUGCGCCCCGAGUCCAUGGAGAAGCUGCACUGCCUGCGGGCCUGCGUCAUCCGCUCGCUCUACCACAUGUACGAGCCCUUCGCCUCCCGCGUCUCCAGGAACCCCGCCAUUCCAGACAGUACUCCCAGCACUUUAAAAAAUUCCAGAUGUCUGCUUUUCUGGUGCAAAAAGAUUGUAGGGAACAGACAAGAAGCAAUGUGGGAAUUCAACUUCAAGUUCAAAAAGCAGUCCCCCAGACUGAAGAGCAAGUGUUGCAAAGGUCUCCAGCCCCCCAUCCAGUACGAGGAGGUGCACACGAACCCGGAUCAGGAUUGCUGCCUGCUGCAGAUCACCACCUUCAACUUCAUCUUCGUGCCAAUCGUCAUGGGCAUGACGUUUACCUUGUUCACCAUCAACGUGAGCACCGACAUGCGGCACCACCGCGUGCGCCUCGUGUUCCAGGACACCCCCGUCCGCAAUGGGAAGAAGCCCCGCCUGGAGCAGGGGGUGCAGGUGGUGCUGGACCCCGUGCACAGCGUCAGGCUCCUGGAUUGGUGGCACCCACAGUACCCCUUCUCCCCGAAAGCUUAGUGCUCUCCCGAGGCUGCAGGAGCCGGCAGGUGACUGGGUCUGGCAGGCCGAAGAGAAUUUCUAGGAACCAGGAAAAUCCUAUUUUUAUUUCUUAAAUAAAUUCUGCAGUCCUCCCUUGCAA